AUGGUCGGAACCAGAAGUGGAAGGACGAGUUACGACAGUACGUGGGAGGUACCAAAGAAUCCAAAGGAAGCGAAUGCCAAAGUGGUGAAUAAGAAAGCUCCGCCAGCCAAUACUCCAAAAGGGCCUCGAGGAAAGGAAAAGCAGAUGUCCGCAGCCCGAGCUAAGUCCACGCAGUCGAAGGGAAAGCCUGUGACAGAAUGGCUUGGAGGUGUGAAUGACGAAGAGAAAGUCACAAGACCGAGAAUUCCAAUACCGCCUGAGGUUCGAGAACCUAGACGUGCGAUUCCGACGUCUGCAGAGCCUUUCCCGGUAAAGCGAAUCUCUAACGACCUCUGGAAAUCCACAACGGCGAGUCUUUCCUUCGUUUACCGAUCCGAGUUGGAGACAGACCCAGAUACCGAGACAAUCGCUCUCAAUAUCAUCGAUCAUAUCAUCAAACCGGAGAACUGGAAUCCGAAUCUAUCCUGGAACGUCCUCUCAGCAACAUGCUUCUUCCUUGCGAGCAAGGUGACAGGCAAGCACAGGAAUACCGCGGAGAGAAUCGCAGCCGCUUGCAAAGUUGAUCCGCAGAUUGCCGCGGCUAUGGCUGGAUCACAAGCGUUCUACGAUCCUGGAGUGCAGUAUCGCUUGGCGCAAGCGUUGGCCGUCAGUGCGGAGGACAUCAAAAGAGGCUACAGAAUCCUUUAUGGGCAUCGGGAGAAAUGUGAGGAGCUCGUCGGCAUGUACGCUGAUCGAUUGGCCGGACUGCCGCAUCCAGACCAGUUGUGGGCGUUUGGUAGAGCCAACAAUGCCGUGCAAGUGCAAGCUCAAGGUCCCGCGGGAUAUGCAAAGCCCAUGGAUGCUCCUCCGAAAGCUCAACCACAGCCACUCUCCGGUCCGGCUCCAACAACCGUCAAAGAUUCCGAUGAGAUCUCAUGGGACGAUGAUAUUCUGGAUGGUGGGCAUGAGUUUGAUAAGGCAGGUGUGACGGACGCAAUUACGGCUUCAGAUGCUGGACAAAUGGGCCUGCCGGCUGUAGAGAAAGAUCCUCUAGCGUUGUUGAAGGCGGCCGAAGAGAAAGCCAGUGAGGCGGACUUGGACCUAUUUGAUCUGGAUGAAUUCGAUACCUACGUGGCCGAGAAUGAGUAG